AUGGCGGCUCGGCUCCUGGCGUCUGAGCUGGACUGCGGAGCGGGAUGCACACUGCUUGAUUCUGUUGAAAACAAACAGCAUAUCAUUCCUUCAAGUGUCCUCGUCCCCUCUGUGUCCUCUGUCCCACUGUCUCCUGCAGGUGUCCUCGUCGCCUCUGUAUCCUCUGUCCCACUGUCUCCUGCAGGUGUCCUCGUCCCCUCUGUAUCCUCUGUCCCACUGUCUCCUGCAGGUGUCCUCGUCCCCUCUGUGAGUUCUGGUCUGAAGCAGGAAAACCCAGAGAGUCCACAGAUCAGCGAGGAGCCAGAGGAACAUGGCAUCAAACUGGAGGAAGAUCUGCUGCAAAUAACUGUGGGAGUGAAGGCAGAAGAACACAGUCUGCUCCAGGAAAUCCCACAAAGUCCACAGACUAAAGAGGAGCCAGAGGAAGUGAGGAUCAAACACGAGGAGGAGCCGCUGUAA